AUAGCGUUUAACCUGCUGCGCACCUCCUCGCUGUCUGCUCCAAGGCACAGCUGCAUUGGGAACGGUGUUACAGGGCUGGCGCCGAGCUGCGGGGGCUCUCAGGUUUGGUUUUAUGGGGGUGGGAAGAAGCUGUCUACAAGUUGCUGGGAAGCAAAAAGUACUUGACUCAGUCAAUUUGAGGCCAGGUGGACGCGUGCCUGUGGGAUGGCUGAGCUCAGUUAGGGAACGGUUGAGUUGUGGUGCUCCAAAGUUCUGGUUGGAAACAGCUGCACAAGCUGAGGAAGAGCGCUGCGACCACAGAGGUCUGAGCAACGAUCAAAGUUGUUUGUGUUAAAAUAACCACGCGUAGCGAGAGAAAUUCGCUACCAAAAAUAAGCAAGGUUGGGCAGGGCAGCGGUAGCGCCUGGGAGAAAUCUGGUGCUGGCUUCCCCACGAAGCAAACCCAACAAGCAUCACUUUGAGCGAAGGGAAGAUGAGGGCACAAAGGCUUGUGCAGCCAUCUAAGAGUGCCCACUGCGAGCAAACUUCCUCAAGUUUAUUCUUAAGACACUGCUGCUGUGCUAUGGCUGUCAUAGAAAAAAAAACCAGCAGAGCAUCUGCCAACCCAAGCCGUUCUAUCACUCUGUGAUCUUUUUCAAAUCGGUUAUGGAACGAACAUUUGUGGAAGCGUAGGGGUGGGGAUCUGCAAAACAGGAUUUAGUAAAAGCAAAAAAAAAACAAAAACCAACAAAACAAAACAAAACAAAACGACCAAAAAGAAGGCAACAAAGCAGGGGCUUUCCUGUGUCUUUGUGCCAAGCGGGGUUGGGUUUGUAAUUCUGCAAUUCAUCAGCAUCUGCCAGGUAGUGCUAAAAUAUGCACGCUGAGCCGCAGCCAGGGAAAGAGACAGACAACAAAUAUUCCAGCUUGCUGAAAAGCUCAGAUAAAAAAGCGCAGACGGAAAAUUAACUUGAGGAGAGGCUCCAGUGAGAGAAGAAAUAAAGGAAGUGUUUAAGCCAGUGCUUUGCCAUUGACAGUGAAGUUUCCUCCCAUAGGUGCAGUCCGGGAGCUUAAGGUUGGUUUUGGUUGUGGCAGUGCUAACCACAAUGGGAGAUCAUGUCCAUACAUAAGGGAGAUAUUUCUGUGCAACGUUAGGAAUAGGCAGAUCUUCCCCAUCCCUUACAUCAGCCUUUCUGCUAAGAGUCUGCAGCCCGUCUUGUUGAGCCAUUGCAGGAUGGAAGGCAGGCCUGUAAUUACAGAACAUUUCUGACUUGUCACUGGUAAAUCUCUCAUCACAAAGAAUCAAGCCCGGCCAGUUCAGUGAUACGCCCUAAAAAAAUGUUCCCUGGGCACACGGCAGCGUGGCCAGCGCUGAGAAUUUCCUCCAGCCAAACACUUGCUUUCAGGGAUAAGCACCCCCCUAUCUGGAAAGCCAUACAGCUGGUAUCAGAGUGUGCUCAGAGCUGCGUUUCCAGCCCCAGAUAACUGGGAUUCAAGGUAAUACCCAGAUUGCUGGAAGGCUGGAGGAACUCAGUUGUAAAUCAAUUUGCUGGAGCGGCCGUAUCAGCCGCUUUAGCUCAGGGCUCCGCUUGUACACGGAGAGAAAGCAGAAAGCAGAUGGCAGCACACAGCAAGGCUUGGGCUGCGCUGGCGCUCCUCCAGCACUGGGAACAGGGAAGAGCUGCACUUUCCUGGGGAAAGCAGAGCAAUAAGGAAACACUGGCGAAUUCCCCCUUGCUCUGGCCCAAAAGCCAUUUCCUCCAACGAUUCGUUUCUUGCUGUGUCACGGUGACAAGAUAGAACAAACUUGGUGAGAUAACAGCGUUUCCUCACUCCCUGGGUCCCGCUGCUGCAUGGAAGCGUUCGGAUCCCACCGUGCACCAACAGCCCCAUUGGUGCCACCUGGCAGCCCCAGCACACAGAGCACCCCGAAGAGCUUCACCCUGCUGCUGCUCCGCCACUGAACAGUGUUAUCUAUCUCUUAGGCCUCACCAUAGUAUCUGAGUGCCUCCCAGCCCAAUAGGCUGCUAUAGGGAGGUCCCUCCUUGACCCCAUGGAGUCCUCUGCUCUGCUCCCUGCUCAGGUGUUGGGCAGCACCACCCAGGAGUCUCCCAGGGCUCUAUUCAUCUCCUCGGGCUCCGUCAUGUCGUGCUUCACCCAGCUGUGGCACUCCAGCACGCCGGACUCUCCCACCAGCCCGGUCCCCGCAUCUCCACAUGAAAUCCCCAUUCCCAUCAGCCCUAUCGUUAUCACCUCUCCAGUGGACAACAAGAGGAAAGCGAGGUCCCCCACCGACAAACCAGGCUCUCCAAACCCAACAUCCCCAAAGCCAGCCUCCCCUGUCGAAUGCUCCAUCUGCUUCAACACCUACGACAACACCUUUAAGACCCCCAAGCUGCUCCAAUGCUCACAUGUUUUCUGCCUGGAGUGUGUGGCCCGCCUGAGCAAAGGGCUGCCCCCCAACCACCCCGAGGACCAGCUCCCCUGCCCCUUCUGCAGGCAGCUGACCAGCAUCCCGCUGGAAGGUGCCCCAGCCCUGGAGACCAGCAAGGAGCUGCUGGCCACGCUUCCCCCCGAGCUCCAGGAGGAGAAGGUGCUCUGGAUGGAAGGCACCAAGCUGUGCUGCCGGCAGGCUUCGGAUGACCCCGAGAACCCAGACUCGUGCAUCUCCAUCGACGUCGCCAUGAGCAAACCCGAAAGCCCGGAGGUCCCCCCGACGGGGUUGGCGGGGAGGCUGUCCCGCUGCGACAUGUGCGACGACUGGAAGCGCAUCGUCCUGCUCUCCGCCCUCAUCAUCAUCCUCUUCUGCAUCAUCCUGUGGCCGGUGCAGUGCGCGCUGAAGACGGGGAACCUCCGCUGCUUCACGAGGACUGUUGCAAUGAGCAGGCCAGAAUAUCUCCCCCCGAAACACACCACAGCAGCCACGCCUGUGACACAGCUCCCGUUCCAGUAGCACGAGGCAAGAAUGUGGCACACCUCCCCGAGAGCAUCCCUCGGUGAGCUCGCAGACCCCGCGGUCCCCACUCCCGUUCUGUGCCCACACUUGGAUGCACGCACUCACCUCCAGCAGCCCAGGAACGCUCCCGGGUGCUGCCUCAGCUUCCUGCUGCCAAACUCCAUGGAAACCUGAGCCUCCAAAGCUGCUGCAAAGGUGUGAUGGGUGACGGAUAAGCUUGUAGGACUGUUUGCCCACAAGCUGGAUAUACCAGGUGACAGCGGCUGUAGCUCCUUCCAACUCUUUUGGGGAAUUAAGGGCUGUCUUCAUGGUUAUUCCUAAGAGGAGCUGGGCUUGGGAGGGUAAAGACAUGUCGAAGCUGCAGAAGCAGAUGAAAAUUCACCUUAUGCCACACGCUCGAAACGUUUUGGUUGUGGAUUCAGAGCAGGAGGUGUGAAAUGCUGCCUCCUGCUGACAACGCAUCGAUCCAUCCCUGCUCCUCACCUGAGCUGAGCACCGCCGAGAUUUCCAACAGAAAAUAAUAGCCAUCCUACUGCUGUUAUGUUUUUCUCUCAAAGAAGGUGCUUAAAAAAGAAAAACCCCUCAUCCUUUACCUGGAAAGGAGACCGAACUCGCCCUGAGCACAGCAUUACACUGUGAGCCCUCCGUGAGCUUCCUUCCCACCGCUCCCAGGCCAACUGCUGCUCAAGUGACCAAAGUUCCACCUUCUGACAGCUCUACCCUCCUCAUCUUCCACGGUGUCAGUAUUAAGACACGGGCCAGUUGCUUACACUCUAUUUUUAUUUAACCCAGUGAUCUUCUGACAAUGGUCUUCAUGAAGAAGGCGGCUUACAAUUAAAUCUUGUUUAUUCAAGCACAUGGAUGUGAGACAGGAUUGUAUGCAAGUACCAUGUAUGUAUUAAAUUAUGUUUUAUACAAUG